AUGGAGAAGGUAAGGACUCUCCACACUCAUGGCCGCCACCACAGCACUCACCCUCCCCACCUCACACUCCCACACCCCAGCCCCACCCCCAACCUCCUCACCUUUCCUUCCCGCAUCCCCCUUUCCCUCCCUUCCCCCACCCCAAUUCUCUUUUCCCAUCCCCCUUCCCUUCCCCCAUCCCCCAAUUCUCUUCCCACAUCCCCUUUCCCUUCCCGCACCCCCCUUUUCCUUCCCUCAUCCCCCUUUCCCUUUCCCCAUCCUCCUUCCCUUACCCCAUCCCCCGUCCCUGACUCGCACUCCCCUUUCCCUUCCCCUUCCCUUCCCCCUUUCCCUUUCCCCAUCCCCCAUCCCUUCCCCGUAUCCCCCUUUCCCCUCACUCGCCUUCCCCUUUCGCUUUCCUCACCCCCCAUCGCUUCCCCGCAUCCUCCUUUCCUUUUAGCCAUCCUCCUUUCCAUCCUCCUUUUUCGCUUGAUGGCUGAGCAAGGAUGGCAACGCACGUUGAGCCCGCCCACACGCAGCAACACCCUUUCCUGGGGACUUAAUCCCCCUUUAGUUCCCGCAUUUCUCCCUCUCCAUCCCCUUUCCAUAAACCCCCUCUCCCAGCAGUGCCAUGAGCAAGGAUGGCAUGGCACAGGUCCCCCAUUCUCACCUCUCUCUCCCUCCACUAGAAGCGCUGGGAGUGAGGACGAUGAUGGUACGAGUGAGCGCCCCACUGAGCUUGCCGACGCGUACGCCGUGAAUGAGGACGAUGACGGCACGGGUGAGCUCGCCCACGCCCAGAGCGCUGUGAAUGAGAAUGACGACGGCACAGUGAGCUCACCCAUGCGCAGUGAGUGCAUGUCAUCCUAA